AUGAAAUUAUUUCUAGUCUCGACAAUUUUAUUAUGUUUUAUUUUAUUUCAAUCUGGAGAAGCAAGGAUUCGUAGACAGUGCAAUUGUGGAAACACUGGAAAUCAACAACAACAAGUGUCCACUCCAUCCUGUUCUUGUUCAUCGGUCAGCCAAACUCAAUCAUGUUCAUGUCAACAAACUCCGCAAUAUUCGGCGUCGCAAUCGUCUUCUAAUUGUAAUUGUGGGUCCAGUGGCAGCAGUUCAUUAUCAUCUCCAGUUACAAUCAAAGUGAAUACUGCACAAUGCGCCCCAGCUUGUCAACAAUCUUGUACAGAUCAAUGCCAACAACUUCAAGCCUAUCAAGCGAUUGCAACAAAUGCUAUCGCCAAUUGUAUAACUCAAUGUCAGGAAAAAUGCGCUGCACAAUGUUCAGCUACGACAACUACAACACCAUCUCCAGUUUUAGUUCGACUUGAUAUUUCUGCUGGUUGUAAACCACAAUGUGAUACACAGUGUAAUCAAGCAUGUGCUUCACAAAAUCAACCAAGUGCACAAUGUGCUUCGGAGUGUAGUUCACAAUGUUCGAAUGCUUGCGCAAGCUCUGCCAGUAGUUAUAAUAGCUGUGCUUCUCAAUGUGCUUCUCAAUGUUCGUCAGCAAGCAAUUAUGGAAAUCAACAAUGCAAUCAGCAAUGCCAAAAUAGUUGUAAUGGUUAUAGCACGACUAGCACAACUACUUCAGCCCCUAUUAUUCAGGUAUUCCAACGAAAAACAUUCACCAGCUUGAUCUAACUAAAUUAUUUGUAGAUCGUUCUCCAAUCCAGUGUUCUUUCAAGCGGAUCUCAAUGUGAACCACAAUGUGAAAAUGCUUGUCAAUCACAAUGUCAAGCUCAACAACAAACUGCUUUACAAUGUGCACAAGCCUGUCAAACAAGUUGUAUUUCUCAAUGUCAACCAUCUACAGUAUCCUGUGCACCAACAGCUUCAAAUAAUCAAUCAAGCUGCAAUUGUCAACAAAAUUACACGCCAUGUGGAAAUAAUCAAUGUUGCCGUAAACGAAAGUAAUUGCUAAUGUAUCAUAUAAGUAUCUGUAUAUAUUGAAUAAAUGUUCAUAUUUGCAUAAUUUUUGAAAUAGUUUUGUAGAUUUUUGGAACUCCGAAUGUUUUUUGAAACCCAAUUUUUUCAAAGCUUUAAUUGAUAAAACCUCUCAGAAAUUAUUUAUGCUUCUAAUUUAGAUAUUAAAACCAAAAAUAUUGCAGAUGUCGCGAUAAUUAUAAUUACCCGUGAACACAACAAAAACUUUCCCCAAAUCACUGUGUGAAUUUACUAUUGAAAAGAGAAAGUGUGCUCUAUGGAGAAUCACGCGUCACUGACGCAUUUUAUUUUUUGAUGGCACAUGUUUUUUAUUUUUUUGUUUUUUUUCUGGUUUUUUUCUUCUCAGAGAAAGCCAGCGACUAAUCGGCGACGAACUUACGACGAAUCGAGAUCAGGCGACUAAUCGUCUGCCAAUCGUAAGUUCGUCGCAUGUUCGUCGGCGAAAAUAGUGUGUGUUUCCCGAAGACGCAGACGAAAAAGUUUCAGGCGACUAAUCGGCGACCAAUCAUAAGUUAGUCGCCGAUUAGUCGCCGAUUAGUCGCCUGAAACUUUUUCGUCUGCGUCUCCGGGAAACACACACUAUUUUCGCCGACGAACUUGUUGGUCGCCGAUUAGUCGCCGGCUUUCUCUGAGAUAUUUUUCGUUGUUUUGUGAUUUCGUAACGAAUUUUCAGUAAUGAAAUCUCUUAAGAUGUGGCCGACGUCAUCUCGUACGGAUCGAGGCGCCAAUGAGAUAUACGACAAAUUUUCGCGAAAUUUCCAUGAGGGUUGGAGUAAAAUGCGAGAAGCAAUAGAAGCGGAUGAGAUCUCAAAACGAGGUUUGUUGUUUACAAAAUAUUCAUAUAAUUUUUCAAUUUUGUUAAGGUAACAAUUUGAAUCAAAAAUUGAAAACUGCUGAGUUGUAUAAAGAAGGUCGCGCAUUGUUCAAAGAAGCCAAAAAUCACGGGAUUAUGGAUUUUCCCGAAAAUCGGCGUGCGGAAGUUCGAGAAAAUCGUGAGAAAAUGGAUCGAUUAGAUAAAAGUGCACAAGAGAGAAUUUGCGCGAUAUGUGAUGAAAUUCAACCGAAUGUUAGGAAACAAAGAACGCUUUCAGGAUCAAAUGUGCGUCCAGCGUCUCCCAGAACAGCUCCGGUUAGUUUUUUUUUUCAAAUGUAUGCUUUUAUUCCUUCAAAAUAUAUUUUUCUUAAAACCUAAACUGUAUAAAACUAUACUAGAUGCCUAAAAAACGUGUCACCCCUGCUGUAAACGACGAAAAUCGCCCGCCAAAGUUAGCUCGACGGAAACCAACAAUGAACACGAGAAUUGAAAAUAAAAAGGUUGCUUCACUUGUCCGCAUGGGUCCUUUUAAUGUGCAUAAAAUAAAGUUCAAGAAAUAAUUCGAUAUCACAUUUCAGGUAACACGAAAUGUUGCUUCAACAAGCCAGCAAAUCACAUCUCAAGGAAUAUCUCGAGCAUCACUUUUGAAAGGAGUUGAUAAAGCAGUAGGAGAACGACUUCUUGAUGAAAUAUUGGAUAAUACCGGCGUUCGUUUGGAAGAUGUUGCUGGUUGUGAAUUAGCAAAAAGAUCGCUAGAAGAAGCUGUGAUUCUUCCAUCUUUGAAUCCUGGAUUAUUCAGUGGAUUGCGUCAACCAGUAAAAGGCAUUUUAUUAUUCGGUCCUCCUGGUAAUGGUAAAACACUACUUGCAAAAGCCGUUGCUGGAGAGGCAAAACAAAUGUUCUUUAACAUUAGUGCUUCAAGUUUGACAUCAAAAUGGGUUGGAGAUUCCGAAAAAACAAUAAGAGGACUUUUUCAAAUUGCUCGAAAUGCUCAACCUUCUAUUAUUUUCAUUGGUUGGUUUCUUGAACAUUAGGAUGUUGAGUAAAGUUGAAAAAUGUUAUAAAUUUAGAUGAAAUCGAUUCGAUUCUCUGUCAAAGAAGUGAAAAAGAUGCUGAAGUAUCACGUCGAAUGAAAACUGAAUUUUUAAUUCAAUUCGAUGGUGCAACUUCUUCACCAGAUGAUAGAAUUCUUGUAAUUGGUGCAACUAAUCGACCUUUUGAAUUAGAUGAUGCAGUUUUGCGAAGAUUUCCAAAACGAAUUAUGCUGGGAUUACCUGAUGAAUCAGCGAGAUGUGAUUUAAUCGAGAGAACAUUGAGAAAACAUAAAAUGGAUUCAGGAAUCAGUAGCAGAGAAAUCAGGUUAGUUCUUGUUUUCAGCAGUUUUUUAAAAUAUUGUUUUCUUCUGUUUGAAAUUUCCUGAAAUGGGAUACGUGGAAAUACUACUGAAAACCUUCCAAAAAUCGUUUUUCUUUUUUUUUGAAAACGUGACAUUCCGUAGAUUUUUCCGAAAGAAACUCAUUUUGAAAAUCAAUCUCCUUCUCGAAGAUAACUUUGCAAAACUGAGCUCGAUUUGCAGAGAUAUUGCCUACCGUACUUCUGGUUUCUCAAAUUCGGAUUUAGUGGCGCUCUGCAAAGAAGCGGCAAUGGUUCCAAUUCGUAGUAUUGAUAAAUCUCGACUUGCCACAACAGACACAAGUAAAUUGAGAUCUUUGAGAUGCUCCGACUUUAUCGAAAGUUUACGUGUAAUUCGACCAUCGACUUCAGAUACGGUUAUGACGAAAUUACAAGAUUUCGCCAAAAAUUUCGGAUGUUCAUGA